UGCGUGCCGCGGGGGAUGCCGGGAGCGCGCAGUGGCGGCAGCGGCAGCGACGGCAGUAACAGCGGCCGCUCGAGCGGGGACAGCAGCGGGGCGGUGACCGUGUGGGAGGUGGUCUCACUCUUGGGGAAAUUGCUGGGGACCGUCGCCGCGCUGAAGGUGGUUCUGUACCUGCUCCGGGUGUGCUUCGCGAUGGCCUGGAAAUCCGGCGGCGCCAGCCACUCGGAGCUAAUCCACAACCUCCGCAAGAAUGGAAUCAUCAAGACAGAUAAAGUAUUUGAAGUGAUGCUGGCUACAGACCGCUCCCACUAUGCAAAAUCAAACCCUUACAUGGAUUCUCCACAGUCAAUAGGUUUCCAAGCUACAAUUAGCGCUCCUCACAUGCAUGCAUACGCACUAGAACUUCUCUUUGACCAGCUGCAUGAAGGUGCUAAAGCCCUUGAUGUCGGGUCUGGAAGCGGAAUCCUCACCGCCUGUUUCGCACGGAUGGUUGGUCAAAAUGGAAAAGUCAUAGGAAUUGAUCACAUUAAAGAACUAGUAGAUGACUCAAUAAAUAAUGUGAAAAAGGACGACCCAAUGCUUCUGACCUCAGGGCGAGUCCGGCUGGUUGUGGGUGAUGGAAGAAUGGGAUAUGCUGAAGAAGCCCCAUACGACGCUAUUCAUGUAGGAGCUGCAGCCCCAGUUGUGCCUCAGGCACUAAUAGACCAGUUAAAGCCUGGUGGAAGAUUGAUAUUGCCAGUCGGUCCUGCAGGAGGAAACCAAAUGUUGGAGCAGUAUGAUAAACUACAAGACGGCAGUGUCAAAAUGAAGCCUCUGAUGGGGGUGAUAUAUGUGCCUUUAACAGAUAAAGAAAAGCAGUGGUCCAGGUGGAAGUGAUUUUCUCUUCUGCUCUUUCUUCUUCCACACAUUCAAGGGAUGAACUGUAAAAGCAACAUGAGCUUGACCAGUCUAUAACAUUGCAGUGGAUUGCUCAUCUCGGUCCUUAAAGCAUUUGAAAACCAACAGCAUCACAGCUUGUUUUGGACUUCAUUACACUCUUAUUUUCAGCAUGAAAAUGUGUGGUUUUGUAGGACUUCCUAAUUCAGAGAGGCGCAGAGCCAAGGUUGCAGAGAGGGCAGCAAAGUAUAACUUUGUGUGUUGUUUUAACACGCCCACAUUUUACUUCAAAAAUAUUAAAAGAAAGUUCUCCACAUGGAGAGCUUAGUUUGUGAAUUA